AUGGAAGAAAACUUUGCAGAUUUGGAGGAUAUAGAAAGAGGAAUGCACACCAUAGGACGGAGUACCUGCAGUGCACUACAAUACAGGCUAUACAACUUCCAGGGAACAGGCCAACCCGACCCGUCAAUCAACCCACAAUACUUGAACUACCUGAGGAGAAAAUGCAGAUGGGCCUCGGAAUAUGUGGACCUUGAUGCCACAACCCCAAAGACCUUUGAUAUUGAAUACUACAAAAACCUUGAAAACAACAUGGGACUCCUACCCACUGAUCAAAUUCUCUACUCUGAUUCUAGAACUUUCCCUCUUGUGACAGCAAUGGCUACCCAGCCCCCGGUUUUCUACUCCCAGAUGGCGGUGUCGAUGGCCAAGCUUGGAAACAUUCAGGACUACUCCAGUGAAGACGGAGGCGAAAUCCGAGCGAAUUGCAACUAUGUCAAUCCUUCUUACUAG